AUGAAGCUGAGCUGGGGACCAGGGCUCUUCAUCCUGGAAGUGAUGGUCCUCACAGGGGGUCUUCAGGCCACUCAGCAGGCCUGUGGGCAGCGUGGCCCCGGCCCUCCCGAGCCUCAGGAGGGCAGCUCGGUGCCUGGCGAGUGGCCGUGGCUGGCCAGCGUGAGGCGGCGAGGUGUCCACAUUUGCAGCGGCUCCCUGGUGGCAGAUGCCUGGGUCCUCACCGCUGCCCACUGCUUUGAAAAGAUGGCGGCGACAGAACUGGACUCCUGGUCAGUUGUUCUGGGUUCUCUGCAGCAGGAGGGGCUGAGCCCAGGGGCUGAGGAGGUGGGCGUGGCUUCGCUGCAGUUGCCCAGGGCCUACAACCACUACAGCCAGGGCUCAGACCUGGCCCUGCUGCGGCUGGCCCGCCCCACAGCCCACACACCCCUCUGCCUGCCUCUACCUACCCACCGCUUCCCGUUUGGGACCGCUUGCUGGGCCACCGGCUGGGAUCAAGGCAGCAACGAUACUCGAAGGACCCUUCGGAACUUGCGCCUGCGUCUCAUCAGCCGCCCCACAUGUAACUGUCUCUACAACCGACUGCACCAGCGGCUGCUGGCCAGCCCGGCUCGGCCCGGCAUGCUGUGUGGGGGUGCCCAGCCCGGGGUGCAGGGGCCCUGCCAGGGGGACUCUGGGGGCCCUCUGCUGUGCCGUGAACCUGGUGGACACUGGGUCCAGGCCGGGAUCAUCAGUUUCGCGUCAAGCUGUGCCCAGGAGGACACUCCAGCACUACUGACUGACCUGGCUGCUCACAGCUCCUGGCUGCAGGCUUGCGCUCAGGGGGCAGCCUUCCUGACCCAGAGCACAGAGACCCCUGAGAUCAGUGAUGAGGACAGCUGUGUAGCCUGUGGGUCUCUGAGAGGAGGCCCGUGGGUGGGAGCCCCCUCCCCAUGGCCGUGGGACGCCAGGCUGCAGCACCAGGGGAAGCUGGCCUGUGGCGGAGCCCUGGUGUCCGAGGCGGUGGUGCUGGCCGCUGCGCACUGCUUCAUCGGGCGCCAGAACCCAGAGGAAUGGAGUGUAGGGCUGGGGGCUGGGCCAGAGGUACACGGCCUCAAACAGCUCACCCUGCAUGGGGCCUACACCCACCCAGAAGGGGGACAUGACGUGGCUCUCCUCAUGCUGGCCCAGCCCGUGACACUGGGGCCCAGUCUUCGGCCCCUCUGCCUGCCCUACGCCAACCACCGCAUGCCUGAUGGGGAACGUGGCUGGGUCCUGGGGCUGGCCCGCCAAGGAGCAGGCACGAGCUCCCUCCAGAAAGUGCCCGUGACCCUCCUGGGGCCCAGGGCCUGUAGCCGGCUGCACGCAGCCCCCGGGAGUGACGGCAUCCCCAUUCUGCCAGGGAUGGUGUGUAGCAGUGUUGUGGGCGAGCUACCCCUCUGUGAGGGCCUGUCUGGGACACCGCUGGUGCAUGAGGUGAGGGGCACAUGGUUCCUGGCUGGGCUGCACAGUUUUGGAGAUGCUUGCCGAGGUCCGACCAGACCUGCGGUCUUCGUGGCACUCCCGGCAUACGAGGAGUGGGUCAGCAGCUUGGACUGGCAGGUCUACUUCGCUGAGGAACCAGAGCCUGAGACCGAGACUGGAAGCUGCCCGGCCAACAUGAGCCAACCCGCCGGCUGUUGA